CGAAAAUAAAAUCCCCCAUACGCCCCUAGCGAACCGACGCCUGUUGGUCCCCGCGAUUAACCGUCGAACCGAACUGUGGCGGUCGGAUUUUCGUAGUUUUAAAACGCGUCGAUUUUUCAUAACGAACUGCAUCYGUUAUGUACACAACCGCUAUUUCGCUUUUCGUUUCGUUGGGUUCCGAACGACCGACUACCGUYGAGUGGUGUGACUGCUAAAAUAUAUUGUGAUAAUAUAUAUCGUACGACGACGACAGAAGUCUACGGCCGUCGGUGCCGUCCAUUAAUAUAUCGUCGCGAAUUACCGCGAUCGCAACCUUUACGCCGCCACCGAGACGAUUUGUACGUCAUCGUCGUCGCCGCCACCGCCGUACGCGUAAUUAUUAAUUGUAAUUGCAUUCGUACGUGGCCUAUGCAACGUGUCCUCGACGGCCACGCUCCUUUUAACGUCCGUCGUCACCAUCGGCACCACCGAGUGCUCGGAAUGCUGUAGCCGUUCGCGCACACGCCCGACUCGGGUGGUUCUAUUAUUAAACGCGUCCGUCGUYGCCGGUGCGGUGCAUCGCGUCAUAUUAUUAUUACAACGAUGAUAAUCGUGAACUGCAGGCGCGGUGUCGUCGUCGUGUGAAAAUAAUUCGCGUGUGUACACAAUAAUAAUAAAUACACGAUUUAACACAUAAUAAGUAACGAUCAUGAUGUAAUACACAUCAUAUAAUUAUAUUAUAAUCACAAAAUUGUGCUACAACAACGACGACGGCAACAACAGCAAAAAUAUAUAAUAAUAAAUGGUCGUGGAGGGGAGGAGGAGACACUAUUUCGUCGGUACGUAUAUCAUUAUACGACCGGAGCACUACACGCGUAGACCACACGUGGCAAGAUAGGUGGUGGCGGCGAUAUGAUGGUAGUGGUGGUGGUGGUGGCGUCGGAGAAGGAGGAGAAGUAAAAGGAGAAGGAGUCAGUGGCGGACGAGUGUGGUAAUAUUAAUAUAGGAUUCUAUACGCUACUAUAUAUACGACGGUCACGCGGUAUAUAGUUGGUGUGAUAGUAAUAAUAUAUUAUUAUAUCGGACGGGCGGCGGAGUGAUCGAACCUUCCAAGCUGGCCCAUCAGUUUUGGCUCGGUUGGGGUUCGGGCUCGGGCUCGUGCCGCGCGCAGACGGACGAGGAGAAGAAGGAGAAAAAGGAAAUGGCCGAGGCGGCGGCCCGGCACGAGCUGUUCACACAGCAGCAGUGGGCCCACCAGCGGGCCGAACGCGCCGAGCGAAACGCCGAGAGACUGGAGAGGGAGAUACAGGCGCAAGCCGCCUCGGCCGCCGCGUCAGAGUCCCUCGCCGAACUGCACUACGUCGACAGCCUGUCCGGGUCCGUUCAAUCCAUAUGCAAGGCGCCGAUAGCCAGCUUGGACUGCAUGGCCGACCUGGGCAGCACCACGGAACAGCUGUGCGCCAAAUUGCAAGCGGCCGCGGUAAAAGAGUCGGUUGACCGGGUGUCGUCCGCGGCGCAGUCGCCAAGUCUGACGUCUGGGCUCCGGUACCGAAACCUGGGUAAGAGCGGCCUGCGGGUAUCCAACAUCGGGUUGGCCACGUGGACCACGUACAACACGGCCAUCAAUGAAGAACAGCUAGACGCGGUGGUGACGGCCGCAUACAAUGCCGGCAUCAACCUGUUCGACCUGACCGAGGGUCCGCAGAGCAGCGAACAGGCUGAGACUCAACUGGGUGCCAUACUCAAGAGGAAAAACUGGAAACGUGUGUCGUACAGCGUCAUCACCAAAAUACACUGGCAUUACAAAUCCGAAGAACGAGGGUUAUCACGUAAACAUAUCAUCGAAUCCGUUCGAUCGUCCGUCGCUAGACUUCAACUCGACUACAUUGACAUCGUCUUGAUACAAAAAGCCGAUCCGAUGUGCCCGCUCGAAGAAGUAGUAAGAGCUAUGGAUUUUCUCGUAUCGGAAGGACUUAUAAUGUAUUGGGGYACAGCUAAAUGGUCACCAAUCGAUGUCACCGAAAUGUACACCGCUUGCAGACAACUGAAUUGCUCUACACCCAUCUUAGAACAAUCUGAAUAUCACAUGUUGUGCAGAGAAAAAGUUGAGAUUUACAUGCCCGAACUAUAUAAUAAAAUCGGAGUGGGUUUAAUGGCCUGGUCGCCAUUAGCCAUGGGAUUAUUGCCAUCUUUCAAAGACUCGCUCAGAAGCCGAUCGUCCAAUAGGACAAAAGCGUCCAGUAUCAGUUGGAACCAGGAUGAUCGAAAACCUCCCAGUAAAGAGAACAACGAACCAUUGACAACAAGAAAUACUAAGGAAAUAUUGUUUUCAAUUUCAUUAAUAGCAGACCGUCUUGGCUGCAGCUUAGUUCAACUGUGUAUAGCGUGGACAUUAAAGAACGAAAGUGUUCAAUGUCUCUUACUAGGAGCAGCAACAACACACCAGUUUUACCAUGCUUUGCACGGACUACAGUUGUUACCAAAACUCAAUUCAAAUGUAAUGGCUGAAUUGGAACGUAUACUGGAUAAUAAACCAGUACGACCWCCAAUGGUAUCAACUUUAGCAAUGAGAUGA